AUGCCGUUCGGCCGCCUCUUCGGCGGCGGGUUCUCGUCGUCCAAAUGCAAGACGUCGCUGCGUCUGUGCGUCGGGCGCAUCAAGCUCCUACGGAACAAGAAGUCCCUCGCGACGCGCGCGCUGAUCUCCGAGGUCGCGGAUCUCCUUCGCGCGGAGAAGGAUGACGCCGCGCGCGUCCGCGUGGAGGGCGUCAUGCGCGAGGAGGGCGUCCUCGAGGUGUUCGAGAUCCUGGACGUCUUCUUAGAGCUCCUCAUCGCGCGGCUCCCGAUGAUCGAGGCGUCCAAGGACGUCCCCGCGGACCUCAGAGAGGCGCUCGCGACGGUGAUGUUCGCGGCGAGUAAACUAGCCGCGGAGCUCCCCGAGCUCGCGUCGCUCCGCGAACAGUUCGCGGUCAAGUACGGCAAGGCGUUCGCGAAGGCGUGCUCGGACGACGCCACCGCGGGCGCGUGCGGCGCGAACGCGAUCGCGUGCGCGCGGCUGGCGACGCGAUCCCCGGACCCUCUGAAGAAGGUGGAGAGGCUCGCGGUCAUCGCGGACGAACACGGGAUCGACGCGUUCGACGUCGCGGAGGCGACGAAGCGAACGCUCGCGAGCGCGGCGCCGCCGUUAGGGACCAUGGGCGGCGGCGCGCAGGACGUGUCGCGUCAGGUGGUGCCGCAGCACGUCGCGAUGCCGAUGCCGAUGCCGCAGCCGGUGACGUACGUAGGCGUAGGCCAGCCGCAACCGCAACCGGCGGCGGUCGCGGUGAUGGUACAACAGCCCGCGGUGCAGUUCAACACCGCGGGUGAGGCUGCGGCGUACGCCGCCGCCGCCGCGGACGACGCGAGGAACGCGGCCGCGGCGGCGGCGGUGCUCGCGGGCGCGCCGUCGCCGGAGGCGCGGCGCGCGGCGGGCGACGCGAACUCGACGGUGGCGUCGGAGUCGACGACGGCGGCGGAUGAAGAAAACGGCGCGGCGGACGAGGUGGAGGUGGACGCGAUCGUGGACGCCGCGAAGGAGCUCGCGGAGCUGGACCGCGCGGACGCGGCGUACUUGAACGAGCUCACGCCGCCGAAGAACGGGAAGGACGGCGGCGGGAGCGACGGCGGCGGAGGGGGCGGCGACGGCGGCGGCGGCGGCGCGGGCGGCGGCGGCGACGGCGCGGCCGGCGGCGACGCGGCGAAGCCUCCUCCUCCUCCUCCUCCUCCUCCCGGGAGCGCGGAGAAGAAGGACGGCGGGACGAUGGACGAUCUCACCGAGCGUCUGAACGCGCUGAAGCGGCGGGAUUAAGGAGGGGAUGACGACUAGGUACUGUAGAAGAAGAAGAAGAGAGGGAGGGAGACAGGCACGUUCGUUUUUUUUUACGCCGAGCGCUCGCGCUCUCUCCCCUCCCCCGGCAGCCCGGUGACGUCGACGACGACACCAGUCACGAAUUGUUAACUCAAGAAAAUGUCCC